AGUGAACAGCGUGAAGCGGUGGAGGAGCUGGUCAGGAACUGGUCAGGAGCGGUCGGCAGUGAAGGAAUCUCAAAACUUUUCCAAAACAUUUUUUUACUGUUUUACUGCUCCGUUACCUGCUCCAGUACAAUCCCAGUUUACCGCCGAAUAUGAAAACUGCGUCCCCGUCUUAUUAUCGUGCCUGUCCGGGAUGUAGUGGAUGCAAGUGACGGCUUGGAAAAAAGGAAAGUUGGGAGAGGGAAAACUUGUGGAAUGAUGCCCGACCGACUGCAUCCCUCCCUCCAAAGUUCAGCUAAGGUUGCUAACGUUAGCUAGCGAAGGAACCAGCUUCGGCUAGCUGUUAUGUGAAAGUUUGGAUAAACUUUUGUCUUAGUGGUAAAACACGUAGAAACACGGCAUCUGUGAUAGUGGAGGAAGCGUUUGGAGAUCGGAGAGCUGUGGCAGACUGAAAGCGUCCACCCCGGGUUUGUUAUCAUAGCCGGGGCUAGUGCAGCUAGCUGAUACACGGCUAACUUUAUUACAAGUUAACUACAGUUAAGCCGCCGUGAGGCAUGACAGGACACACCGCUCAGCUCCAUCGCGCAAACAGUGCAGUAGUUUAACGCUUCAGGAAGCUGUGUUCAGACCUGCUGAGUGGUAUCCUUAGCUAUGCUUGAGGAGACGAGAAGAGGAGCGACAGCCAUGGUUACCUUUGCAUGUGAAGGCGGCUGGAUGUAAGAUCACAAAAUGACUCUAAUGCCUGUGGAGAGUUCUGGAAAGCAGUUUGGGUUUUAGAAAGCUAACUUUUAUUUGGAUGCAGCUGUGUUCAAGCCACCUACAGCCAGUACUGUAUUUUUACAUUUUUGGUAUUUGAUGACAUCCUCGCCUUCUUGUCAAGUCUUCCCGGGAGGCCUUCCUGCAUUGUUAUGAACAUUGCUCAUCAUCUGCAUCCAGAGGGCUCGGAUCUGGGAUAAAGUGGAGAGCAGCCAUCAUGAAGGUGACAGUGACAUUUGGGCAGACAGGUGUGGUGGUGCCAUGCAAGGAGGGAUGGACCGUGAGGGACCUCAUCCAGCAAGCCACGCAGAGAUACAGAAAACUCCUGGAGCAGGAAGGAGAUUUCUUCAUUCGGACGCACCAUGUUGAAUACUGUGAUGGGGGGAUUCUAGACCCCGACGACAUACUCAGUGAUCUGGUGGAAGACAAAGACAAGCUGAUGGCCGUUUAUGAGGAACAUGAAGCCCAGCAGAGGAGCACGGCUAACACAAGCCUGGCCCCGAGUCCUGACCACUACCAGUCUGAGCUCUCGGUUUUCCAGCCAAUCACGGGAGGAGAGAUUGAAGUCAAUUCCUCAGCACUCAAGUCCAACACACCCCUGCUGGUGCGAAGCAGCAGUGAUUCUGCCCUCAGCCCCCAACCAGCAGAGUCUGAGCCCUCCUUCAAGGAAGACAACACUUUGAUGGCAGCUGGUCCCACUGUGGAGAGGCCAGCAGGGGUGGAGCGGCCAGCCAAACACCCCUUCAGUGGAAGCCUGACCAGAAUGGUGGAGAUCCUAGGAGAGGACAGCCCUCUGGGAAUCCACGUGGUUCCCUACUGCUCGUCGCUCAGCGGACGGGCUCUUGGUCUGUACAUCCGUGGAGUGGAGGAAGAGAGCCGCUCCAGAAAGGACGGCUUGUUUCAGGAAGACGAGUGCAUCGUGAAAAUCAACGACACCAAUCUCCUGGACAAGACCUUCAGCCAAUCUCAGGAUGUGUUCCGUCAGGCGAUGCGUUCCCCGGUUGUGCGCCUGGAAGUCGUGCCUUCUUUCAACAGAGAGCGCUAUGAGAAGAGUCUGAUUGGUCAGCUGUUUGGCAAUAAUAACGGUCCCACCGGCAGCCCCCGAACUGGAAACACCAAAGAGCCUCCGCCCCCUGUCAAAGCCAAACCUGUGUUUAAACCCUCGGAGAAUUCAGCCGCGCGGCUGGCGGAAGAGACGGCCGGCCUCGAGCCGGGUUUUAGUACCCCGAAGGGGAAAAGUGAGAGCCCCCUCCUGAAGAAAAGCCCCGCCCUCUCUAGCUUGAUGGCCAAUAAGAGAGGAGGACGAAGACUAAGGAUCGAUUUAAAGAAAGGUCCAGAAGGUCUUGGAUUUACUGUAGUGACCAGAGAUUCUUCGGUGCACGGUCCCGGUCCGAUUCUAGUGAAAAACAUUCUUCCCCGCGGGGCUGCGGUGAAAGAUGGACGCCUUCAGUCUGGAGACCGCAUACUCGAGGUAAACGGUGUGGAUAUCACAGGUGUGGGCCAGGAGGAGCUGGUGUGCAUGCUGCGCAGCACGCGGCAGGGCGAGAGCGUGUCUCUGGUGGUCCUCCGGCAGGAAGACAUGUUCCUACCCAGAGAAAUGAGGGACGAGGUGUCCCGCGUGCCGAGCGUGGUCUCAGAGAAUGGAAAGGAGCAGCUCAUGUUUGAGGUGCCCCUCAACGACACCGGCUCGGCGGGGCUCGGCGUCAGCCUCAAAGGGAACAAGUCCAGGGAGACAGGAGAGGAUCUGGGAAUCUUCAUCAAAUCCAUCAUACACGGAGGAGCUGCCUACAAGGAUGGACGCCUGCACGUCAAUGACCAGCUGGUGGCUGUAAAUGGAGAGUCUCUACUGGGACGCCCCAAUCACAUGGCCAUGGAGACGCUCCGGCGCUCCAUGUCACAGGAGGGCAACGUCAGAGGGACCAUCCAGCUGGUGGUGCUGAGAGCUUUAAAGGAUCAACACGGUGGAUCACCCAGUCGCUCAUUUGACAGCUCCUCUGGCCUUUCUGCACCGAUGAGCCCGAUGAACGGUCAGGCCGCUGAGACCGUUCACCUCCCUCUGGUGACCAACGCCAUUUAUGCAUCUAACGUAACCAACGGGAGUUACUCUCACAUGGAUGAGGAAGAGGACGGGCUGCUGUAUGGACAUGACGCUGAUUUCAGCAGCUCCAAUCAAAACUCUUAUCUCCAGGAAAGGGAAAAGCCUCACGUCGCUAGCCCGGCUCAGCCCCAGUCUCCCACCCAGAACCAGAACCAGUGGCAGAUCCAGCACGUCAAAGCCUCGAAGAGCAUGGACCUGGUGGCAGAUGAGAACAAUGUUGGAUCCCUGGCUGGAAGCAAUGCAGUAUCAUCAAGCCCCCUGGAGCUCGGCCCCACCCUGGGCCUGAAGAAGUCCAGUUCCCUGGAGAGCCUCCAGACAGCCAUGUCGGAGGUCAACAGAAAGAACGAACUCCUCCCGUUCCACCACCCUCGCCCAAAUAUGGUGAGGGGAAGAGGCUGCAACGAGAGCUUCAGAGCAGCUAUCGAUAAAUCCUACGACGGGCCGGCUGAAGAUGAUGACGAUGAUGGUACCGAGCCCAGUUCAGGUCGGGACACGCCUGCGAGUAGUUCCUCUCGGCAGGGAGUUGGUGACCAGGCCGAAGAAAAAGGCAAGAAAGAGAAGAAAAAGAAGGCAAAAACAAAGAAGAAAGAAAAGAGCAAGGUGAAGGGAAAAGAGAAGGAGAAGAAGAAGACCGAGGAGCCCGAGGAGACGGAAAAGAAGAGCAAGAAAAUCGGCUUCGGCCUGCUGAGAUUUGGAAAGAAAAAAGAGGAGAAGAAGGAAGCGAAGGCCGCUCUGCAGCGACAAAAGUCAGACCUCCUGAGUGACCAUGAGCUCGAGAGGAUGAAAGAAGAGAGAGAGAGAAUCGAGGCAUCGCAUCCCGAGUUACAAGAUCAGCGGCAGGGCGGUGGCGGCGGUUCGGCAUAUCCCGAUUUUGAAGAUGAUGACGCAGAUCCCAACUACGCCCGUAUACAAUCCUUCAGGGACCGAGAUAUGGGCUCGGUGCCACAGCCUCUGUCUCAGUCGCCUCCCUACAGAGCAUUUCAGCACGCUCGUACACCUUCCCCUCUCGGCCCAUCCGGCUUUCAAGGGCACGGAAAUCAUACUAACGAGCCCGGAGUCAUCCCCGAUGAUGACCCUCUGGAUAGGCUCUACGCCAAAGUCAACAAAUCAAGGGGAGCUGGAACUACGUCUCCUCCUGCUCCUCCUCAGGCUAAUGACAGGUAA